UCAAACCUGAAUCUCCAACACGAUACCGAAAUCACAGUCCCAUCCUCUCAUACCAGUUCUCUCGCAAGUUGACGCCCAUAUCGUCUCACCUCCAUCACCUGGAGUCUCUGCCGAUUGGUCCAAGAGCCCACCUCCUUCGUCAGGCGCCUGUGCAUAGAAUCCCAACAGGGCACAUCCCUGUUUUUUUCGUUCCCUCUCGAGGCCCGCUAAGGCUCAGCGCGCGCCAAUUCGCAUCACACAUGUGGUAGUAUCUAGUCUCGAUACCGACAAUUAGGGAGGAACUAGAAGCAGGAGAACCUGGGAGAAGAAGAAAAGAAGAUGGCUGGUCCGGCAUGCGGGGAUGCGUUUCCGUACGAGACGAGAUGUGAAGGGUUAUGCUGGGCUGUCGAUCUUGUGCUGCCAGCCUGCCAGGAUGUUCCCUCUUGCGUUGGUCACGGGGAUGAAAGAGAGCAUGAAUCUGAAAGUUAAGGUCAAGCCCAAUCAAUGCUGAGCCACACUUGGCCAACGACUUCUGUGGCUGAAGUUAGUCUCCUCUUCUCUUUGUCUUUCAGCUGGCCUUGUCACACUCCCCACGGUCUCGACUCGUAGUCAGAUGCUUACAGAUGAGUCUAUCAUCAGAUAUCUUUUUUGUCAAGGCCACAUAAGCCUGUGGCAAAGCAAGGUCUCAUUCAUACUCAGCUCGAAUAAUCACUCACUGCCACAACUUCUCAAAAAUAAUACCUCGUCUCUGCCCAAAGAAACACAUGGGUCGAUAACAACAAACCAACCCAAGAACAGACAGACAUGCUAUGCUCGGAUUGAAGCAGACGAUGCCAUGUGGCAGUCUCCCCAGGCUAGUCCCCUACGGAGAAAAAGGAAAAGCAAUCAUUAGUCUAGCCCUCCCGUGGCAGAUCCUGCUCCUCCGAAUGGUAUGGGACUGAUCGGCGGGCUUGGCUCACCCUAGACCUGCCUGAGUGAAAUAAACAGGAAAAACUGCGUUGAAGGCCUCAAGACGGGAUAUGUUGUACUUAAUUGCUGACCUUUGCUCCACUUGAUGUCUCGUGUCGUGGUUCAUUACGACUCUGUUUUAUUUCAAUAGCUCAUCCUGUUUGUGGUGGCUUUUUUUAAUGUUUCUUGAGUUGUCAGUCAACGUCAGGCUCUGGUCCGAUUGUCGGGGUCCCCAAGAUUUCACCCCGCAAACUUGAGCUUGUCUUGGCAAAUACGUAGGUAAUACUCAAAGUCAAGACGAGUUCCGAUAUGAACCGAGUCAUGAGGGCUUUGUGAAGGUUACAGUUCUCAUUGAGAGGGUAACUUGCAAUAACCGGAGAUGCUGUGUUUUAACGUUUAACACAGUAGCAGAGUAGAUACCCUAUAACUUGAUACCGUUGAAGUUACGCAAUCCCCUGCUUCAUCGACUCAAUCACCCCAUUCAGCUAAUCGAGCCCCGGAUCUUUCUUAGCCCAGAUCACGGACAGUCAUGUCAUCCCAAUUCAGUCUCUAAAGCCCCAAUUCGAUUCAAUUUCCCUAGGUCAACCAUAGAUAUGACAUCUAAUAUCCUAAUCAUCAACCAUUGAAAAAAGCAAGUAACAAUUCAAUUCCCCGCGUCAAUUCCGGAUCUCCGUAGUGUCUCCACCAAAUUAUCCCGCACCGUCGGCACUCGUAACGCAACCUCACAUCAUCACAUCAGUAAACCAUGUCCUCAAUAUCCUCCCUCUGCGCCGCACUGCAGACCUCCACGACACACGUCGUAGACGGUCUGCGAAACUUCGUCACGUAUUACCCGCAGGCGAGGCUGGACCUGGCUAGCUUGUCCCGGGAGCUCGCGGAGCUGCAGAUGGUAGCGAGGCUGCUGCAUCACAACGCCCAGGCUCUGGAGUCCGGAAGCGCGCCGCUGCCGGGAAGGUUGGAUGAGGCGAUCAAGGGGGUUGUUAGUGAGGCUGGGGAGUUGUUGGAGGAGGCGGAUGACGCGUUGGAUACGGGAAGGACGGCAGAGGAGAGGACGCCCUCGUGGUUGGAACAUACUGCCGAGAGGCUGUCGCCGUUUGCAAAGCUGCUUGAGGGUUUGAGAAGUGCGAUGAGUCUAGGGCUUGACUGUGUUUUACUAGCUAUCAAUUCUCAGCCUCAUGAUGGUGAGAGAGAACUUCCCGGCUACAGCAGCUCUCAGAUUCUACAAGAGGCAUCAACUAUCCGCUCACGAUUCCUCCAAGAGUCAGACAGCGAAGACCCUAGAGUUGAGAGCCAACGAUCCAUAAUCACAGAAUUCAUCGACGCUACUCAGGACUUCAUCUCUGAAAGCUCAUCUGCUGCUCCACCACCAAUUGAUGACGCAGAGAGUCGAGACCACAGCAACAGCAGCAUCGCUAAUCCAGAAACAAUUGCGUCGUCUCCUCACUCAGAAACGAAUGAGCCGCCUAUUCCAGAUUACAAUGCCAUCGGUAUAACCUCUCAAACACCGCUCCGCAUCUCACUCCGCCACCUCGCCAAGAAAGAACUCUCCAACCAUGAAGUCGUCGAAACCGCGUAUGUAUCUCGCCACAACGCCCCCACAAUCGCCAUCUCAACCCUCGAGUCUCCUACGCGCUUCUACGACACAAGCGCCAAUCAAGUUUCAUGUCUCCAAAACCAGCACGGUGUUAACAUGAUCUUCUCGCGCAAUGGUCGUCAGUGGGCAUAUCUUAGCGAGGAAGACGGCAAAGGUCUCAAUGCGGCGAGUCAUGAUGGUAUCAACUUUAAGAAACCGGUUGUUUACCUUGGUGACUACAUCAAUGGACGAAAAAUCCCGGUUUGUAAAUGGCCUGGUGGAAAGCCACUUGCGUUCUCGCAGGACGGGAAUUGGCUUGCGGUGGGAAGCACGAAAGGUCGGGUUGGGCUCAUGGACUGCAGUGCUAAUGUCAACAAGGCGAGCGUUGUGAUUCCAUGUCAUAUGGAUGAGGUUACACACGCUGUGUUCACACCAGACAGCAAGCUUCUCAUCACACAAUCUCGCGACGGCACGAUUCGCAUAACGAAUGUGGAAACCCGCGCAUCGAUCGCCAAGCUCGAAACCGAUACCUGGAAGAAACCUGUAUUCCUCGGAACGUCGCCCGAUGGAGAAGUCAUCGUUUCGUUAUGGGGCGAUACGGUGUUCCACUGGAAUCACGGCACCGCAGCCCUCGAGUCGUACAACCUCAGCGGGCGAAGAACACGCGAGGGCUGGCCCAUUGCUGUAUCAGCGGACUGUCGCUUCUUGUGCUGUAGAACAGAUGAUGGCGUCGAUGUAAGUGAUAUGUACUCGGGAAGAGUGCUGUAUACGAUUAAGUUUCAGAGCGGGUUCGUCACUGCGGCGUCGUUUAGUUGGGAUGGGAAAUACUUGAUUCUUGGAAAGGCGGCGUCGUGGAUGGGGUUGAAGAUGGGAACUUCGACUUUGGAUGUUUGGGAAUUGGUAUUCUAGGCGUUUAAAAUGGGCUGUAAGUUGGAUAUAUGUACGCUACAGAGAAAAGCUAUGAACCAGAAUUUGACCUUGAUAUUUGUGCAAGUUUACUAUUAAAGUCAUUAUUCAUUGAGAGCAUUGUCACA